AUGGGCCUUUGUAAGUGCGCUAAAAAAAAAGUGACAAAUUUAUUUUGUUUCGAACAUCGCGUGAACGUUUGUGAGUACUGCUUAGUUGAAAAUCAUAAUAAGUGUGUUGUUCAAAGUUACUUGUCUUGGUUGGCGGAUAGCGAUUACGAUACAAAUUGUUUGCUCUGUUCAGUGCCAUUGGACCAGAAAGAAACCAUUCGUCUGAAAUGCUUGCGCAAGUUUUUAUCAUUAAUGUUAGAUUUAUUUCAUUGGGAAUGCUUGGAUGCAUGGGCGCAGAGUUUGCCUGGGAAUACGGCUCCUGCUGGUUAUAAGUGUCAACAGUGUAAAGAGGGAAUAUUUCCAGCUCCUAAUCAAACUUCACCAACCAUUGAAAACUUAAGAACUAUGUUGCAACGAGCAAAUUGGGCUCGAGCUGGACUUGGUUUAUCCUUGUUGCCAGAACUUGAUAAUGCACCAUCACCUGCAUCAUUUAUUCCACCUAUGAUGAUGCCAUCGUCGACUGAUCAUGAAGAUUUUAGCAGUGAGCAUGCCAUUUUACAUAAAAAAAAUGUUAAUAACAUUCGCUGUAGUACACCAGCUACUGUACUUAAUGUUGGUGACGAUUAUGUUAGUCAUAAAGAGGAAAAUCAAUUUACUUCCAGAAAAUCUGCUAGUUUGAGUGAUGGCCAAAAGGAAACGCAACAUCUCUUGCAUUUAUCGAAUCGUGAUGAAGAUUUACCGGAAAAUAAGUAUAAACGUAGGUCUGCAAGUGAAUGGCUGGGUCGUUGGUUCAAGUCACAACAUGGAAAAGCUUCGACAUUCAGUCUUCGUGCACGCUGGAGACGGAGUUUUCUUUACAUUACAGUUUGCAUGAUAAUAAUUAUGGCAGUAUUCAUCGUUCUUUCUCGUAUAUUUAGUAAACCAGCGAUUGAUGACCCGGCAUUUAAUCCUCUCGCAAAUCCAGAUAUCCGGAUUGCUCUUUCAGAAAAUGUUCAGUAG